UUCCGGCCCGGCUCUUUCUUGCGCACGCGCGGCCAUGGCGCAGGGGCAACGCAAGUUCCAGGCGAAGAAGCCGGGGAAGAAGAAGGCGGGAGAGGCAGCGGCUUCAGAGCAGAGUCGGGGCCCGAGGAAGGGCGGCCGUGUUAUUGCCCCCAAGAAGGCGCGCGUGGUGCAGCAGCGAAAGCUGAAGAAGGACCUGGAGGUUGGGAUCCGGAAGAAGAUUGAACAUGACGUGGUGAUGAAAGCCAGCACCAGUCUGCCCAAGAAGCUGGCACUGCUGAAGGCCCCAGGGAAGAAGAAGGGGACAGCUUCUGCUAAGACACCCUCGUAAAAACGCCACCCAGUGGAGGCCAGCACUGCAGCCAAGGCUCAGAUCUAUGCGUGUGGUACCCUGGCCUCUGCUGUGCAGAGGAGGAACCCUGCUCCCAGGACUAGGUGGCACCUAGACUUCGGUGGGGGCCCAGCCGAUAAGCAGGUGGUCAGCAGGUCCCAAGUACAGAGGGUCAGCUUCCCAGGAGGCCAAGAACCCAACUGCUUGUGUUCCCAUGUUUUUCUCUGCUGGUUUAGCUCAGAGCAAUAAAAAUUGGCUUUGUUGUC